AUGGCGACCCAACACCAGCUUCAUGUAGUGAUGUUCCCUUGGCUUGCACACGGCCAUAUAACACCCUUUCUAGAGCUGGCCAAGAGCCUCCUCACAUAUGAAUUGAGAAUUUCCUUUGUCUCCACUCCGCUUAACAUUGCACGGGUUAAAAAGCAGAUAGUGCCUGGAAUUGAGCUGGUGGAGCUCCCAUUGCCAUCCAUAGACGGCCUGCCAGUAGGCGUUGAGUCCACGGCAGGUUUAUCCGAGAUAGGAAGAACAGACUUAAUAUCGCUGCUCUUCCAAGCCCUAGAUCUUUGCGAACAGCCCUUCGCGACAUUGCUAAAACUGCUUUCCCCGGAUUUUGUCAUACAUGAUACGACGCUGUACUGGAUUUCUCGGGUUGCCGCCAAGCUGGGCAUUCCCACAAUAAAUUUCAUGGUGAUUAACGUGACGUCCACGAGUUUCACAAUAGGGCAGCACAGGGACGGACUGCCCCAAAUCCCCACGGCCAGCGAUAUCUGUGCACCGCCACUGGGAUUUCCCUCUGAGGUCGUCCGCUACCGACUCUUUGAAGCGCGGAAUCAGCUACCGUUCUAUCAAAACAAGCAACAUGGUAUUUGUGAGGGCCUCAGCUUCAUGGACCGCCUUUGCGUCUCUGUGGAGGAAAGCUGGGCAACGGUUUGCAAUACUUGCCUAGAGUUGGAAGGUAAGUUUGUGGACUAUUUUCAGAGAAGCACAGGGCGAUUAAUGUUUCCCGUAGGGAUUUUAAUCCACAGGCUACCCCCGCGGCCGGCUGCAGAGCCUUGCUUGGCCUGGCUGGACAGGCAGGGCGAUCGUUUUGUGGUGUUUGCGUCCUUCGGCAGUGAAUGCCUUCUCACCGCCCAGCAGCUCGGUGCUCUCCUGUUGGGCUUGAAGGAAAAAGGCCUGAGGUUUGGAGUGCCUUUUGUUGCUCUUCCUAUCCAGUACGAACAAGGGUUAACUGCUAGGCUAAUUGCUGACGAAUUGAGGAUGGGAGUGGAGGUCAAAAGAAACGAGGAGGAUGGUUCUUUCACUAAGGAGGACAUAGCUAGAGGUGUCCGAGCUGUGAUGGUGGGGCAAGAAGGUUGUCGGAUUAAAUCCAAUGUUCAGGAAAUUAGUAGGGUUCUUACCAGUAAUGAUUCUCAAAUCCAUCGAACAAACAUACACAAGUUUUUCUCUGCGCUCAAGGAGAAAGCCUCCAGUAAACAAACUGUUUGA